AUGUUUACUUAUAGGGAAAAUAAUGAAGUUGAAGGACAUGCAGUUGCUUCAGCAAGAGAGCCAAUAGAGCAAGGGGUAAGUAGAAUGAUAUUCACAAGCUCAAGAGGUGCCUAUCAGUAUCCCAAUAUCAAAACCUCGCGAUAUUAGAAAAGAUAAAAUCACUUCUUAUCCUUAGCACUAGAGAAGUUUUCUGGGGUUCAUGUUUUCAUUUGCUUCACGCCGCUGGGGAGAAACGGCUGUUUUCGCAGGCUAUGUUUCCAUAAAGCAUGUUGCCGAAAUCAAAAUCCCAUAAAUCCUAUCCCAAGUUGUGAAAAAUAAAAUUGCAACUUUUCUGUUUAGUACAUAUUCAGCACAGGUAGACUGCAAGGACCCGCUUCGGUGAUAGUUGGAUGCUGGAACUCACAAGAAUUGUUUUUCGACGCAUUCAUUAAGAGACAACUUUUAACAAGAAAGUGAUAACAUCUCCUACGCUGGUUUAAAAAUAUGAUUUCCUCUUUUGUGCAGGCGAUCGGUGGUCAACAACCCAUUGAAGGAGUAUAUCUUCCCAUUCAUGAUGUAGAACAGACCGAACAUGGAUCUCAACAGCUUUUUAUUGGUCAACCUAACGCUGCAGGGAUUAAUGGGCUGAUGGGUUCCCAAGGGAUCUCACCAUUGCCAGUUGUGCCACCAAGAUACCCUGACCGCCUGAGAGAGAUACUUGUUGUGGAUACGAAUUUCAAUCCAAUGCAGGAGGCUCCCUUAUACCAGGUGCCAUCUCGAAGCGGUAGACAAACGAUGCACUACGCGGAUCAAGCUAGAGGAAUGCAGUUCAGAGAUUGGUCCGAAGCUAGACCACCAGCAACUCAGAUGCACUGCGGGCGAGGAUGGACUGUUCCAACUGAGUCGUUCGCUGGAAUCAGGUGCUCUAGAUCUGUCGAGGAGACCAGCCAAUUUCCGGAGCAGAAUCAAGAAGGUGAACGCAUGCGUGCAUCCAGUUAUCCACGACAGCUGACUUUGAACAGGUCAGUAUAGGUCCUCAAAUUAAGCCAAACGCAUAUCCCAUCGAACUAAUUCGAGGGCUAGUUUAAAUUUUUCCCGAUCCUCUGGCCACGGGUAAGUAGUGCGUCAUGUUACACCUUGACUUGAUUGAAAUCGCAGUGGCUGGUUUUACAUCUGUAAUGAGCUUGCAGGAAUAGCAAAAUCAUGACGUAGUUUAAUAGACAGCUUAAUUUCUAUGAUCUUUGCUACCUAGCCUGCGAACGGCAGACGUUUUUCCUCGCUCAUCGCCGCUGAGGAACGUUUCGCGUUUCCUCCUCGCGAAAUUAAACGUCCCUCAGCGGCGAUGAGCGAGGAGAAACGUCUGUCGUUCGCAGGCUAUUUGCUACCUAGUUACUUAUUAAUACGCUGAAAGGGUCUUUUAAAGAAAGCCAUGAAAUUCUAAGUAAACAUCCGGAAAUUACAGCAGUUACAGGUCAUAAUGACUUCCAUAAACAUCGUACAAGCGUCAAAGUUUACUUUUUGAGCCAGUAUAGCAUCCAAGUUUGUUAGCGACUGUUUCCAAUUUGUCUUUUCCCUAUGCCACAACUCAAAAACCGCCCUCACAAAACCAACCAGACCUUUACGAAAAAUGAAAUAAUCAUCCUAACACCGAUUUUUCUCUACAGGUCAAGUCCACCAGAGCCUUUGUUAACUAAAGGUCAGAUCUGUGGUGGAGAUUAUACUUGGAAGAUUGAGCGUUUCUCUGAGCUCCUCCUGGGUGAUAGUGAUGGAAUAAAAACAUCACUUGAUAGUCCUCCGAUUUACACUAGUUUGUGUGGAUACAAGUUCUUCAUGCGUAUCUACCCAAAAGGCGUUGAUGGUGGAGAUGGAAGACACAUUGCCCUUUUUGUUGGUAUGAUGAAGGGGGAUUUUGAUAACAGGCUCAGAUGGCCAUUUUGUGGACGAAUCACCCUCUCCAUGUUGGAUCAAAGCAAUGAUGCUCACAGCCUCUGCAACGAUGUCAGUGGCACUUUCAUGGCCAACAGAAAUUUUGAAGCUUUUCAGAAACCCUCUGCCAGCGGCCAAAACACCACUCUGUAUGGCUACGAAAAGUUUGCGCCCAUCGACACGGUUUGUCGCCCACAGUACUCUAAAGAUGAUGCAGUGAUGAUCAAUAUCGAGAUUCACAAAAAUUUCUAA